AUGGGGCCUGCUGCUGGAGGUGCUUCUGGAGCUGGAGCUGCUGGAGGUGCUGCUGGUGCUGGAGCUGCUGGAGCCGUUGGUCCUAGAGGUGCUGGUGCUGGAGGUACUGGCGCUGUUGGAGGUCUUGCUGGUGUUGUAGCUGCUGGAGGUGCUGGAGCAGCUGGUCCCGGAGGUGCUCGUACUGGAGGUACUGGAGCUGCUGGGGCUGGUGGUAUUGCGGGAGUUGGAGCUGUAGGUGCUGGAGCUGUUGCUACUGGAGGUUCUGGAGCUGGUGGUGCUGUGGGAGUUGUAGCAAGAGACCCUGGAGCUGAGGGUGCUGGUGCUGUUUCUGGAGGCGCUGCGAGGCCGCGGCCGUACUAUGUUCCGCUCCUUCAGCAGCGUCCUCCUCCUGUCCCCGACACUCACUCUAUGACUCUGCGUCCUUCUACUGCUCCACAGCGUGUCCCUCUGCCGUCUCCUCCUGCGUCCUCGCUUCCUGCACUUGCUGACCCGGCAUCUGACUCCCUUCGUACUGUCACACGUCUCCUGGCCACUGUUGUCACUGACCCUUCCUUUGAGUCCACUGCUGCGUCUGCCUUAGUUGUUGAGCUUGUCGACUUUGCUGCUCACUGCCGUCUAGACUACGCUGCUAGUCUUGUUGCUGAGUCUGCGUCUGUCUGUCCUCCGUCCGUCGGGGGUGAGUGUGCUCUUGGCACGGACGUCCUUGAGGACAGACAGGAGGAGUUUGAGUACUUUGCCGCUGCUGUACCUCAUCUCGUGUUCAUGCUGCUUGCCCCUGAGGGAGACCCGGAUGCACCAGACAUCCCGACCCCGCGCUCAUACGCAGAGGCAAUAGAGGGUCCUUACUCCUCUCAGUGGCAGGCAGCCAUGGAUGCCGAGAUGGCAUCCUGGAAGUCCACAGGCACCUACGUCGACGAGGUUCCCCCACCUGGGGCAAACAUAGUCGAUGGCAUGUGGAUUUUCAGGGUGUAG